AUGUGUAAUCUUAUACUUGCUUUGUUCAUCUUCGUGCUGAGUCUUUCGUCCCUGGAAGUCUCGGCUCAACCUUUUCAUACUCUAGUCACGUCCCUCCACAAGGACCCCAGCACGUCCCUCCACACCAUUACCCUCACACUGAACCCUUCCGAGCAAUAUCUCGUUGACCUCGACGCUCCUUUCAUAUGGAACCAGUGCGAUUCGCUGCAUUUGCCGGUCUUUUGUGACGAGUCAGAUUGCUUGACCGCUCGCCGUUACAUGUCUCCGCUAUGCCCUGAGACGAAUAACACACAUAGCUCCGAUCAGUGCCUUUGCUACGACACACCUGUAAACCCGAUCACCGGGUCAUGUGCCUUAACUAAUGCGAGUCGCAAUGUCCUCACAGUAUAUUGGACCGCCGGUAGAUCUCUCUCUACAUACAGGAUUCAGUACUUCAAUCGGUUCGUCUCGUGUGCUCCUUCGUCUCUCUUGCAAUCUCUUCCAGCACAAGCAAUCGGUGUUGCUUCAUUGUCGCAGUCCACUCUCUCUCUACUAUAUCAAUUCAUCAUCGACGAUGUCACCCAGAAAUUCUCCCUUUGCCUCUCGAGCUCAAGUGAUGAUCAAGGGGUCAUUUUCUUCGGUGACGGUCCAUACUAUCUCGAACCUCCGGCAAACUUUGAUGCUUCAAGCAUACUUUCCUACAUUCCGUUGAUCAAGAAUCCCUCAGCACUGGGAUAUUUUAUCAACGUGACGGGGAUAUCGAUCAACCAAAAGGCCAUCAGUAUUCCACCGAACACGUUUGGGCUCGACGUAAGUGGAGGUGUGAAGCUCAGUACUACAGUACCCUACACUACCCUGAGGAGUGACAUUUAUAGUGUCUUUAUGAGCGAAUUUAAGAAAGCUGUGGAUGGCUUCCCACGAGGGAAGAAGGUGAGUCCGCUCGAGUAUUGCUUCAAGACGAAUGUCACGAGACCAACGAAGGUCGGGAGCAUUCCUCGAAUCGAUCUAGUGCUAGGAGAUGGAGCGUACUGGAAUAUUCACAAUUCUAAUCUGCUGAAACAAGUGGACGCCGAUGCAUCGUGCUUGGCAAUCGUCAAUGGUGGAAACACGGCGGAGCAUGCUGUGGUGAUCGGGACGUACCAAUUGGAGAACAUAAUGUUGCAAUUUGAUUUGGCCCAGUCUAGAUUGGGAUUCAGUUCUUCCUUGUCCUCCUUCGGGAGCUCAUGCGGUAGCUUCGAUUUCACAGUUCGCCCUUGA